AUGAGGUUCGGAAAGACGCUGCGGAAUGCGGUGUACCCGCCCUGGAAGGGCAAGUACAUUGACUACGCUAAGCUGAAGUCCCUUCUGCGCGAGCAUGAUGUCACAGGUGCGGAUGCGGACGCCAGCGACUCAGACGAGAGCCAGUGGACCGAGCAAGACGAAGAGGCCUUUGUGCAGGAACUUCUCAACGUUCAGCUAGACAAGGUCAAUACCUUCCAAUCAGAGACCUCGCAGCAGCUCCGAGAGCGUACCACCGCGUGCGAGGCCAAGCUUCGCCCGUUGGCACCGACCACCAGCCAGGAACCUUCGGACAUGGACGAUCCAGAGAAGCGCACAAUCGCUUCGGAAGUUCUGCAAGAACUCGACAACAUCACCAAGGAAGUCAGUGAGCUCGAAAAGUACAGCCGUAUCAACUUCACGGGUUUCCUCAAAGCCGCCAAGAAGCACGAUCGCAAGCGUGGUGCCCGUUACCGCGUCAAGCCCCUGCUGCAAGUGCGCCUGUCUCAAACACCCUUCAAUUCCGAGGACUACUCCCCGCUGGUGCAUCGUCUGUCGGUGAUGUACUCGUUUGUGCGCGAGACCCUGAGCCAGGAUAUUGUGCAACCUAAGGAGCCAGAACGUGGGUUCGGACGAGAUGUUUAUUCGUCCUAUAAAUUCUGGGUGCACGUCGACAAUGUUCUCGAGGUCAAGACUUUUAUCCUCCGCCGGCUGCCUGUGCUGAUUUACAACCCCGGAAGCUCGAAACAUUUGGAUGGUCUGACCGACGACCCAACCAUCACCUCCCUUUACUUUGAUAACCGCCAGUUUGAUCUCUAUAACCAAAAGGUCGCUCGUGCCUCUGAAGCCGGCUCUUUGAGGCUGCGGUGGACCGGACAGCUCAAGGACAAGCCACCUAUCUUCUUGGAGAAGAAGAUUGUAGCAGAGGACGACAGCAGCCGUGAGAUCAGAGUGCAGCUCAAGGAGAAGCACAUCAAGGAGUUCCUGGAUGAUGAGUACCACUUGGACAAGCAAGUUCACCGAAUGGAAGACAUGAAUGAUGGCGAGGGCUCCGUCGAGGCUCAAACCCUGAAGAGCAAUGUGGAAGAGUUGCAGGCUUUCAUUAAGGAACACAACCUGCAGCCCAUGCUACGAGCUAACUAUACCCGCACUGCAUUCCAAAUUCCUGGCGAUAAUCGCAUUCGCAUCUCCCUCGACACCAAUCUCGCUCUGAUUCGUGAGGAUUCCCUCGAUAGCGAGCGCCCUUGCCGUGAGCCUUCCGAAUGGCAUCGCACUGAUCUGGAUGAUGCUCGCAUGUCAUACCCCUUCGACGCUAUUCGAACUGGCGAAAUAGUUCGCUUCCCCCACGCUUUGCUCGAGAUUAAGCUGCGUGGUAAGGCCCACGAUGCUGAGUGGGUGAAUGACCUGAUGUCUUCUCACUUGGUCAAGGAUGCACCCCGCUUCUCCAAGUUUGUUCAUGGUACCGCCCAGCUCUUCGAGGAUCACGUCAACAGCUUCCCCUUCUGGCUUAGUGCGCUGGACAACGACAUCCGUCGUGACCCGGAAACUGCGUUCCACGAGGAACAAGAGCGCCUAGCCAAGCGUGCUGAGGACGACAUGGCCGUUGGCAGUUUCAUGGGCGGCACAGGCAGCCCCAGUGGCCCCUUGUCUGCAUCUCCCUUCAGCCGGUGGGGUGAGCCUGGUAGCCGCUCUGCCAUGCGUCGUGCCUCUGGCAUCAGCGAGGGCCAGAACCAAACACAACGACGUAUCUCUGUCGUUGCGCCUCACCCGCGCCGUGAACCCGAGCCCGUUGCCGAGCCUGUCGAGGAAUCCCAGGAACCCGAGGAGCCUCCCUCCCGAUUUGCCGCAGUUUUCAAGUCGCUCGGUAUCAACCCCAAUAACUGGACUGGUCGGGAAGUUGUCUCCCUGCCCCCUGGUGUGCGCCACCCGGGCAUUUGGAUCAAGGACUCUGGUCCCGUUCGUGUGGAAAGCAAGGUCUGGCUCGCCAACCAGCGUACAUUCAUCAAGUGGCUACACAUCAGUAUCCUCCUGUCCAGUCUGUCUUUGGGCUUGUACAAUUCUGCCGGCAAACACAACCGGAUCGCUCAAGCUUUGGCUAUUGUCUACACUUUCUUUGCCCUGUUCUCUGCCGCCUGGGGCUGGUACAUGUACGAGAAGCGCGCGCGACUCAUUCGACAGCGCAGCGGAAAGGAUCUCGACAACAUGCUCGGUCCGAUCGUAGUGUGCAUUGGUCUGGCUGUUGCGCUAGUCCUCAACUUUGCCUUUAAGUACAAGGCUGUGUUGAACCAAAGUAACGACAGUGGUCUGCCAGUGCACUCCAAUUCUACUGCCUUUGUCGGUGUGCAAUCCGUCUCCUUCCGCGACGGCGCUGCGCAGCUGAUGAACCAGCAGCAGGUGCUGUAA